UCCCAACUUACCCUUCUCAUUCUCUUUGUUAAAUAUAUAGAAAAGGAAGUUCCUCACUGUCAAAUUUCUUUGUGGUUCUUAGCAGAUUUCAGUUAUGGUGAAACCAAGUGAGAAUGGGUCUCAGUCAAUAGCACCUUUUCUAAAGAAAUGUUAUGAAAUGGUAGAUGAUGAGGCCACGGAUUCAGUAAUUUCAUGGAGCCAAAACAGUGAUAGUUUUAUAAUUUGGGAUAUGACGGAAUUUUCAAUUCAUUUGCUUCCUAAGUACUUCAAGCACAGCAAUUUCUCUUCUUUCAUCAGGCAACUCAAUAUUUAUGGUUUUAGAAAAAUUGAUACAGAUCGUUGGGAAUUUGCAAAUGAUGGGUUUGUCAGAGGUCAAAAGGACUUGCUGAAGAAUAUUGCUAGACGAAAAUACUCCCAGGGAUCUGAGCAGCGUAAAUCAUUGCAGCAGCAGCCACCACAGCAGCUGGAGAACUCUGUUGGAUCAUGUGAAAACAAUGAAAAUGUUGGGCUGUGGAAAGAAGUUGAGAAUUUGAAGACUGACAAAAAUGCUCUUAUGCAGGAGUUGGUUAAACUUAGGCAGCACCAGGAGACUGCAGACAAUAAGAUGCUUCUUUUGAAGGAUCGUCUUCACGGGAUGGAGAAAAGUCAGCAGCAGUUGCUGUCAUUCUUAGUAAUGGCCAUGCAAAGUCCAGGCUUUUUGGUCCAACUGAUUCAACCGAACGAAAAUAAUUGGUGCAUGGCUGAAGCAAGCAAUAUGCUAGAACAAGUUCCAGAGGAUGGUGAAUCAGUGCCUUUUGAUCAUAUGAUAGUAAGGUACCAGCCACCAAUCGAUGGAACAUCAAAGCCGGUACUCACACCAAUGGUAGAUUCUGAAAAUCCUCAUGAAUCUGAUAAUUCUUCAGAUGCAACAAAAGAUUUUUGGAUGAAUAUUGAUUUUGUGAAAGUGCUUAUGGAUGAAAGUCAUAUACCUUUCAUUCCACCAGAUUUGCAAGAUGAUGGUGCAUGGGAAAAGCUUCUUUUAGCUAAUACUUUUGUAGAGAAUAAUGAUGAUGGAAAUCUAGAUAAAGAAAGGCCCGUCAACUCUGGUAUGGAAAUGGAGGUAACAGGUUCUGGAACCCAUUUGGAAAAAUCUCGUAAUUUUGAACUUCUACUACAAAAUAUGGGGAAAUCACAAAACCUGGAGAUUCAACCACUGGUAAAUGAAUCAGAGUUGGAGAACUAUCAGGACUUUGAACUUCUGACAGAACAAAUGGGACAUCUGACUUCCAAAAGUACUAAACUACAAGGAACUCCUUAGAAAGGUACUUGGGAUUUCUUGUGCAGAAUGCUUGUCCUGUGAUCUCCUCACAUUAUGUUUUCUCUUAGACUAUAUCCAAUUUAUAUGAAAGUUGUUUCUAUACAUUUCUAUUCUUUUCAUUACACCAUAUCUAAAUACAUGCACCAUAUUCUUCAUGAAGGGGCUGCCUAGCAAUUUAUACAAUUGUAAUGCAACUAGUGACUAGUGAGAGGAUAAUAUGUGACUCUGUUUAUGCCAAAGUAGCUGUAGCUAUCUAAGGAAAUUGCCACAAAAGAAGUUUUCAUUUUAAACUUGUGGCCUUCUAUUCUCAAUUGCUUACAAGCAUGUGUCAAUAGAGUUCUGAAACAAUCUCAGGAUUUAUUAUGAUAGAAA